AUUAUCUAUAAAAAUUUAUAAGUGUGGAUUUAGUAACGAAUUUCUUCUAUCGGAUUAUUCGUUCAACAGACCUUUAAGAUAAUAAAAGUAUACAGACCAAAAACAUGUUACCACCAUUAUAUAAAAUGGCACAUUACACUCAAUGUGCUGCGGAUCCUAGCAAUUAUUAUUGUUCAGCUCAAGCUGAACUAAUUGUACCAUCUACAAAUUUGAAUAUGGUAAAUAUGUUAAAAAAUAUCAGUUUAGACAUAAGUAGAUUUGACCGAAAAUUUAUAUACAGAACUCUAUGUAUACCUAAAAGGUUUAUAAAAGAUGACUUUGAACUCAACUCUUAUUCAUCUUACCUAGUUAAUGAAGAAAUAGAGCCAUUUCGGUUAAGUGCCAAAGUUGAAGAUACAACUUGUAACAAAAUAAAAUUGGAAAUGAAUGCCUAUGAUAUAAUUUUUUUGAUUCUGGUCAUAGUUUACAAUGUAUUGGUAAUAUUUGCUACUUAUAAGGGAAAAAUCUAUGAGAAGGAACAGGGAUUUAAAAAAACAAUUUCAAAAUUAUCUUUAUUUCACACAUGGAAAAUAAGAUCCAGGAUACCAGAUACCACAGAUUUCAAAAACUUAUUGAAUGUGAACGGAACUCGGGUGCUAGCAAUGUUAUAUAUAAUUUGCCUUCACCUCUUUUUAAUAUAUCAUGGUACCUUUAUUAGCGAUCCCGAAACAUUUGAACAUCUUCUUUAUACUUUUACUGAAUAUAUAAUUGGAUAUUCGGCGAUGUAUAUGGUUUUGCACUUUUUCCUUAUAUCCUCUUGGCUGCUGACGAUUCAAGUGUAUAACAUACAUGAAAAACGUCAACUAACACUAAAGAAUAUUGGAAUACUGAUUAUCAACCGAUAUUUCAGAUUAAACUUUUCCAUUUUUGCUUUAAUGAUAUUCAGUGUGACUUCCUUCGCUACGAGAUUAGCAGGUCCAGCAAACUUCUAUGCAGUAAUAUCUAAUCAAAAAGCAUGCAAUGAGAAUUGGUUCGCUUCGUUGUUUUUCUUUGCUAAUUUUUAUCGGCUAGGAGAUAUAUGCAAUGUUGUUACAUGGCAUGUGUCAGCGGACUUUCAGCUUUACGUUAUAAACUUAUUCUUACUGUACAUUAAACUCAAAUAUAAGUUUAAUGAUAUUAAAUUUUUUGCCACUGUAUUGAUAUUUUCAAUGUUUUUACAUGGCAUGGUCUUACAAAUUUUCGAUGCUGAUCCUAUUUAUCCACCAGUUCCCAGAUAUUGUGAAUUACAUUAUUGGUAUUCUUCACUAAAUUUUGUGGUCUCAUAUAUGUCACCUGCUUCGAUAUGGCCCUCAACUUUAAUUGGAAUAAUAUUUGGACUAGUUUACAUUAAAACUAAAAAUGUUAAUAUAAAAGCAUCAGUGAUAUUAAACACAAUAUGGUGUGUAACAACUCUGGGACUAAUUUAUUUGUCUGUCCGGAUGGGUUCCGUAAAAAUUAAUGGCGUUAAACGUUCUAUGCUUGGACCCAUAAUUAAGCCUUUAUUUUGUCUAGGAUGUGCAAUUGGUGUUUAUGGCAUGUCUCAUAAUCUUGGAGGUCCGGUGAAGAAACUUAUGGAAUCCAAAAUAUUCGUAGUUCUAAGCAACUUCGUUUAUGGUAUUUAUUUAACCCACUUUUUAUUCUUAGUAUUAAUUAAUAAAUUUAAUACGGAGCCUAUAUACAUAAACUUAUGGAAAAUGGUUCAGGACUACAUAAUCAGCGUUAUUUUGAGUUUGUUAUUCGGUAUAUAUUUUACUCUGAUUGUCGAAGAACCAGGAAAUAUGCUUCAAAAGAAAAUUUUACCACAAAUUACCAAAUGGGAGAAGAUUUCUAAAACCAAUUAAUAAUAAAUUUUAUUUUUUUGAAUUUAUGUAGAAUUAUAGUAUUUAUAGUAAAGUAAUAGUACAUAAACAAGAUUUCACAAAA